AUGGACGAAGCUAGCCUGAAACUUAAAAUAAAAGAACAAGGUGAUAAAGUUCGUGUGUUAAAAACUCAAAAAGCUGAAAAGGAUAUUGUCGAGGCAGAGGUGGCUAUCUUGCUGGAGUAUAAAAAACAGUUGGAAAAUGUCACGGGAGAAAGUGGGUCUAGUAGUAAAAGCAAAAAUAAGUUUGUUCUUAAGACACCAAAGGGAACUCGCGAUUACAAUGAAAAAGAAAUGGCCAUUCGCGAGAAAAUUUUCAACACGAUCACUGGUGUGUUUAAAAAACAUGGCGCAGUGACCAUAGACACGCCAGUCUUUGAAUUAAAGGAAAUACUGGCGGGGAAAUAUGGCGAGGAUAGUAAAUUAAUCUAUGAUUUGGAUGAUCAAGGCGGAGAAAAGUGCUCGUUGCGUUAUGAUUUGACUGUCCCAUUCGCGAGAUUUCUAGCAAUGAAUGGCACACAGUAUCAAAAUAUCAAACGGUACCAGAUAGCCAAAGUCUACCGACGAGAUCAACCCGCAAUGACUAAAGGCCGUAUGCGCGAGUUCUAUCAAUGCGAUUUCGAUGUGGCAGGAUCUUAUGACCCGAUGGUUGCUGAUUCCGAAGUUAUUCGAAUUAUGUACGAAUGUUUGACGGCGUUGAAUAUUGGCAAGUUCACGAUAAAGAUAAAUCAUCGCAAGAUUUUGGAUGGAAUAUUUGAGGUUUGUGGUGUGCCCGAAAACAGUUUACGGCCUAUAUCGUCGGCAGUUGAUAAACUAGACAAGUUGCCAUGGGAAGAUGUGAAAAAGGAAAUGACUGAUGAAAAAGGCCUCGAUCCCAGCAUUGCCGAUCAAAUAGGAGAAUAUGUUAAGUACAAAGGGGGUCGAGAGCUUCUAGAGAAACUUAUGAACGAUCAAAAAUUAAGCUCUAACAAGAAUGCUAAAACGGGGAUGGACGAUAUGAAGAUAUUGUUUGAUUAUUUGGAAAUAUUUAAAAUCUUGGAUAAGGUCUCAUUUGAGCUUUCUCUUGCUAGAGGUCUAGAUUAUUACACUGGUAUUAUUUAUGAAGCAGUUACCGAACAAUCAGGGCCACCAACACUCGCAGAUGGCACUCAAAUCACACGCAAGACUAAAAAGGAAUCCGACGAGCUUGACGAAAGCACUGUCGGGGUUGGAUCCAUCGCUGCCGGAGGUCGUUACGAUAAUCUAGUCGGUAUGUUCGCCAGUAGCAAAAAAGGCAACAUACCGUGUGUCGGUGUGUCAAUCGGGGUGGAACGGGUAUUCUCGAUCCUACUCCAGAAAGCAAAACUGGAAGAAGUUAAAGCUAAUGAAGUCGAGGUUUAUGUGAUGUCUGUGGUUGACGGGUUAUUGGAAGAACGAAUGAGAAUAUGUGCAGAACUUUGGGAUGCUGGAAUAAAAGCUGAAUUUAUGUAUAAAGCCAAACCUAAACUUCAAGCCCAAUUUAGCGUGUGCGAUCGGGAUCAAAUACCUUUUGCGGUUAUAAUCGGGAAAGAUGAGUUGUCGCGUGGCGAGAUAAAGGUUAAAGAUAUGAGAUCUAAAGAACAAGGGGAAGGCGGAGGCGUACUUGUGAAACGCACCGAAAUGAUUUCAGAAUUGAAAAAACGAUUGCAGGCUUUGUCUUCAUGA